UGUUUGCGGAAGCUCACGUAUCCCAUCGGCCCUGGCGCCAGAGCGGAAGAAGGCGCGGAGGGGACCGUCUGGCUCGCGUCGCCUCUACUUUCCUGUCCCUACUGACGUCGGACAACAAAAAUGGCGGCAGGAACCAGCAAUUACUGGGAAGAUCUCAGGAAACAGGCUCGACAGCUGGAAAAUGAACUUGACCUGAAACUAGUUUCCUUCAGUAAACUGUGUACAAGUUACAGUCACAGCAACGUCCGAGAUGGAAGACGCGACAGGUAUAGCUCUGACACAACGCCCCUUUUAAAUGGAUCAAGCCAAGACAGAAUGUUUGAAACAAUGGCAAUUGAGAUUGAACAGCUAUUGGCAAGGCUUACAGGAGUAAAUGAUAAAAUGGCAGAAUAUACCAACAGUGCAGGUGUCCCCUCCUUGAAUGCAGCACUGAUGCACACAUUACAGCGACAUAGAGACAUAUUGCAGGAUUAUACACAUGAAUUCCAUAAAACCAAAGCAAACUUUAUGGCAAUACGGGAAAGGGAGAAUCUCUUGGGAUCUGUACGAAAGGAUAUUGAGUCAUAUAAAAGUGGGUCUGGAGUAAACAACAGAAGAACCGAACUGUUUUUGAAAGAACAUGACCACCUUCGAAACUCAGAUCGUCUGAUAGAUGAGACAAUAAGCAUUGCUAUGGCAACAAAAGAAAAUAUGACUUCACAGAGAGGAAUGUUGAAGUCAAUUCAGAGCAAAAUGAAUACUUUGGCCAACCGUUUUCCUGCUGUGAACAGCCUGAUCCAGCGGAUCAACCUUAGGAAGCGGCGAGACUCGCUCAUCCUGGGUGGUGUUAUUGGUGUUUGUACCAUCCUAUUGCUGCUGUAUGCUUUCCAUUGAUGGAGCAGCUCCAGGGACUCUUGACAACUACCACUUAUCAUGCCCUGAUCUGGAAUAAAGAAAAAUAGGAAGGAGAUGUCCACUGUCCUGAUAAUUAGCCGGACCAACAGGAUUAAUUCAAGACUGAUAGUGAUGGACUCUGUGACAUGGUCAGGUUGAGCUGAAGCCAGUUUUCUGGGCUACCUUUUCUAACACACAUUUCCUUGUUUUUAGUUUUCCGUUGCUUUUGUCUCCCCAGGAGGUAAGUGAACCAAUCAGAACAGAGUCUGUGCUUCAGCGAUAGUGUUGAAGGCUGAUGACAAGCCAGGUCUUACAACUGGACUCUUUAGAAAACCAAGUUUCUCUGUAUCCAAAGACUGCUUUCCUUUCAGCCACCAGACUGGAUUGUGAAUAAAAAUAGCUCCUGUCCUUUUAUUUUACACCCAUGAUGAGAAAUCACAAGUUGUUUCUAUAUCAUCUAUGCUGUAAAUUUCUACUAUGUCUCCAACUCUUUUGGUAUUCAAGGAAAAUUACAUUUUUCACACAUUCUUUGAGAUGCUGACAGGUAACUUCACCAUGGUUGAGGUUGUCAGAAACACAAAACAAAUACAACAUAAAACCUUUGCCUUUUUCUUUACUUUUUUAAAUUGUGUGCUCACUGGAGCUAAUUGUAUACUGGGGAAACAUCAAGAAUGACAGGGUUUUUUUUAGUUAGUUACUGGUUUUGAUUUUUUGGUUUAUUUCUUCUAUUGGAUUAACAUUUGCUGCUAGAGGAGAAUGAAAUUUCAGUUCUGCCAUGAAAAAAGAUACGACUAGCCACUGUCUAUCGGUGCCCUCAAGUGGAUUAACACUGGUAGCUGAGUUAAGGGGACUGUUGAUUUUCAGUGAGAUCUAUUCAACAAGGCUCAUGUACAAACACACUGAUGGAGGGGUCACCAUCCAAAUAAUUCCAUUUGUAAAUACGCCAUGAUUGAUGAGCAAAAGUUUAAGAACUACUGCCUGGUGUACCAGGAAUUCUGUGUUCUGUGAAAACCUAGUCAUUCUUAAUCUGUUAGGCUCUUCUGAACAUCCAGAGAAUGGCUUUACUCUUGAAGGUGCAUUAGACAGAGUCUGUCUCUGUCUGUACCUGUCUUCUAUUACUGUCCUCAGACAGUGACAGAAUUUUAAACCAACCACCAGAAUUCAAGUUCACCAUUUCUCAGAGUCUGUAAGUUCAUUACUUGUCUAACUGAACUACCACAAAUAGUUUGAAGACUUCCGACACCUGUACCCCUCACCAAGAAAGCAAGCUGCUCUUCACCAUUGGAAUUUACUAUGUUAUUUAUAGUAUUGACUUCAGACUAUGUGUCACAGGGAAUGGAAGGAUCCUAGAUGUCAUUUUUAACUACAUCACAAGUGUGUCAUGGUGACGUUGAGAUGAACUUGAUGAACAACUAAUGGGUAGGCUAAUAAUACCCAGUCUGACUAGAAACAGGUUUUUCAUGCUGGUGUCAAAAAGUUUUAUUAUGUCUGGGUAUGAAGGGCAUUUGAUGUAUUUUUUUGAAUAUGGGGUUUAUUUUUCUAAUAUGGGUUGAUUGAUCAGUGAGCUGAUUGGGAUGCCCUUAAAAGAAAGUUUAAGUUUUCCCAAUGUGAACCUUAAAAGAUCAGAGAACUUCAUUUAUUAAAUUCUCUGUUGGGAGAGCAAAACUUCUCUCCCCUGACACUUUAUUAUCUUUGAUUUUUCAAAGGGCCUUGAUUGGUGGUUGUGCCUCAGCUAGAAUUUAUGGGACUUUGGUUACUACAUAGUUGGCAUUUAUAAAAUCUGAAGUUAUCAGAAUAAAGUUAUUUAUUUAAUUACACUGCCAGUCUUUUUUAUUGGUCUGAUUAUUUGGUGCAUUUGUUAAAGCUGAUUGUGUGAGAGUAAAACCCGAGCUAAUCUUGCUUGCUGCAAGUAAGCAAACACUUUGGAUGGCUGAUGAGCCCUUCCAUUAGGGUUAUGUUUAAAUGAAAUAAUAGAAUUGUGUUGGUGAUUUUCUUUAUGAAAAUAAAGAAACUAGUUCUUCCAAGAAAGUUGAAAAAGCUUGUGUAGGUGUCAGUGUCAGGUAGGUCUGACUAACCUCCCAGUGCCGUAGCCCAUAGUGAGGUGACCCAGGGCCAAACAUUUAGAACAGUGCUCCUUGUUUCCUCUUACGGUUCCUCGUGUGCAGAGAGAAACCCUAGAGUGAAGAAGUACAAGUGUGCCAUUUACAGGUAGAGGCUCAGUAUGGACCCCAUGGUAGCUGACUUGAAUUCUUUCAGUUUCACAUCAUUUAACUUUAAAAAAAAAAUCUUGAUUUUCUCCCUUUUUGCUGUCUUUACAGAUGAGUUGCUAGGUUCAGGGGCCAACAGUAAAUUUCUUGUUAGAGCCGGUCAGAGCUGGAAAGUUCCAGAGAAGAACUUGCUGUUCCUGGUCCUAAAUUUUGCUUCUUUAGGGAAGUUAUUCUCUCUCAGCCAUUGUCUUAGAGUGGAUCUUUCCUUACGGCAAAGAAAGCACUCAGAACUUCUUCCCAUUUCACUAAAACGUGAAAAAUAUGGCAACAAAAAGGGCAGAAAAUUCCAAAAGUAUGCUUCUGAGAUUUUGUUUUAAUGUGUGUUGAUAACUUUAAAAUGUUUAAUAAAUCUGUUACUCAAGUUCAAGCCCAGAUAUCCAGAUACUUUAGUUGAUCUGUCCUGGCUAUCUCUGCAUUCUUACUAUUAAUGAUGCAGAAGGAUUCCCUGUAACCCACAUUGCUCACUCUUGAUUUUCCUAAUGUUAGAAAAGAACUUAUCUUUUCCUCUCUUCCUCUCUCCUUUGUACCAAAAUUCACUUUUACAGAGAAUGCUUUUUUCCAUACUGGCCAGUACUCAGACCAGCAUGGGAAUGAAAACAUGAGUAGAGACAGGUGAUAAGAGGAGACCGUGAGGGCACUUUUUGUUCCUGGAAUCAAAUGCUAUUUACUUUAGUUCUUUCCUGCUCUAUGCUGAAUGUAUCUGAGUAGGAAAAUACUGAGUCUUGAUGCAAUGACUUGGCUUCUAUGGAAUUGAGUCACCUUGAACUUGCAUUCCCACCAUUAAUUUUCUUUUCCAUUGUCAGUAAUGUCAACCCGAUGAAAGGACUUUAUGGAACUGAACUAACCUUUUCUGUUUUCUAAUACCUCAUGUUUGAUUAGCCAGUUACGAUUUCUUGGAAAUUGACUGACAAGAGUUUUCUAAUUUGCUGUAUUAGGCUGUUGAGGAUAAAUGGCCAUGUCUAGUGUUACACUGAAUUUUGUGGCAAAUGUAAAAAACAAAAUGGGCUCUACUCGGAAAAUCAAGAUGAUUGUGUUCCAUUCUCCUUUUGGGGUAGGGGUUGUUUAACCUGAUCUCCAAAAUGGUGUAGAGCUUUUUAUCAUGGUCUUUAUAAACUAAUCUUUUUAUUCCUUUAUAAAACUGCAUACCCUGAAGUUUUAUAGAGGAAAAAAAAAUGAGGAAGAAACAGGUGACUCUUAAGGAUGUUUAUUGGAUAAGAGAGGCUGAGACAAAACGGAGCCAUGUCUUGAGGGAUCUUAUUUUCUUUGUACCUAAGGUCUCAUUUUGGUAUCAAAGUAUUUGCAUCUGUUUCCAUCCUGUUAGGUCUUAGACGGAGGGAAAUCAAUUCCAGUCACACUUGACCAUGAUGGAAGAUGUUUCCCUCAUGAAAAAUGCCAACACGAUUUUUAAAAAUCUAUUCCAAAUGCACUUUCCAAUUGUUUGCUUUUAAAAUGCCUUCUUGGGACCAGUUUUAUUGUUUUUGUUCUCAUCUAAAUGUUCAUUUUCUGACUGUAUAGGAGAAGCUUUGUUAUGUAAUUUAAUAAUAAAUUAGAAAUCUAA